AUGGAUGCUGGAAGUGCACAUAAAGGAAAAUCUCUCGUGACUAUGUUGGCUUUGUCUUUUUUGGCCUAUCACUUCUAUCGCUUGAUUGGCUGGUUUGUAGAAGAGUUUAUAUUGCCGUUUUCGGCGAAUUUUGGUAGGGAUGCUGGUUUGUCGCUGGCAAUACUGUCUGCAUUUGUUGGAGUGAAAAAUUGUAGCGUUAAAGAAGUUGAAAUAUGGAAAGAGGAGAACGUAUCUCCAAAUAUGAUUUGGGUUAUUUUGACGUGGAGCAGAAUGGGAGGGGAGAAAGGCAAAGAACAGGCUGCGAUGGGACAGAUCGUACCACCAGAUGUACCGAGGAAGUAUAUUCUCAAUGCAUCAAAUGAGAUUAGAGUCUACGAGACACAUGAAGGCUUUAACGAAUUGAUGCAGAGAUGGAUAACCAGGUUGGAACGCUGGCGAAGGGAAUGGGCAAAAUUAGAAGCGCUCGUAAAUUAG